UUUAAAUUAGAAUAAAUUCUCUCUUUUGUGAAAAAAAAAAACGAUUAUUUUCAUGUCUCCAGUUGAACCCGCCGGGAUAAUGAAGAAAACCCAUCGUCAGAAAUCUCAGAGAUUAUGGGCAAAGCUAGUGAUGAGAAAGUGGUUGAACAUAAGUGGUAGAGAUCCUGAGUAUGGUGCUGAUACUGAAGAUGAAUCCGAAAACGAAGGUGUUCGUGAAGACAACGAUGACUCUAGUUCCGAUGAAGAAGGUGGUAGAGAAUCUUCUAGCUCAAGAAGAGAAUCUUCUAGCUCAAGAGGAAGAGAAUCAAAAGUUUGUGAGAACGCGGAGGACGCAAUCGCAGCCGCUUCCGCUGUUGUAGACGCAGCAGCAGCUGCGGCGGAGUUUAUUAGCAAUGCUCCAAUGAAGUUACGAAGAAGGAAUUCAGAAACAUUAAGAGCACAGUACAUUAACAACAAAGAAAUAAGAGUUUGUGUUGGUACGUGGAACGUUGGAGGAAUUUCACCACCAUCUGAUCUUGACAUCGAUGACUGGAUUGAAAUUAAUCAACCAGCUGAUAUCUACGUUCUUGGUUUACAAGAGAUUGUACCGUUAAAUGCUGGAAACAUUCUUGGAGCGGAAGAUAAUCGUCCGGUUGCGAAAUGGGAAGAAGUGAUUAGAGAAGCAUUGAACAGAGUUAGACCAAAACUCUCGGGUGUUAAGAGUUAUAGUGAUCCACCAUCUCCUGGUAGAUUUAAACCUUUUGAGGAAACACAUGAUGUUAUAGAAGAAGAAGUAGCUUUUGAGAGUGAUAGUGAUGCUGGUGUUGAGGUUCAUCCAAUUGACGAGGAAGAAGAAGAAGAAACCGAUAGGCUUUGGGCGUUAAAACAUGACGGUGGAGUUAUCGGUGAAGUUCACACUCUUGUUAACCCGAAUACGGGUUUACCAGUUGUUGAGAUCAAGAGACAGUUUUCGAUUCCUAAGAAGCUAGACAGACAACUUUGUUUACGUGCUGAUACUUUUGAGGGGAAUAUCGAAGAGGAUUUUAGUCAAACCGGUAUGAAAACGAUAAACCGGAUGUUAAGCGGGAAAGAACGGAUCGGUUUGAGUUGGCCUGAGCCACCAUUGAACAUGUUAGGACCUUGCGUUCUCGAUAGACAGCCGUCGAUAAAGACAGUGAAGUCUUUAAAAACAGCAAAGUCUUUCAAGGCUUUUAGUUCGUUUAAGUCUGUAGCCGGAAGCAACAACGGGAUUCCGCCGGAGGUAUUGGCUCUAGCGGAAAUGGACCUGAAGUUGCUAAUGGAGAGGAAACGAAGACCAGCUUAUGUGAGGCUAGUUAGUAAACAAAUGGUUGGGAUUCUUUUGACCAUUUGGGUUAAACGAAGCCUGCGAAAACAUAUUCAAAACGUACGAGUCUCUACUGUUGGAGUUGGCGUCAUGGGAUAUAUUGGUAACAAGGGAGCUGUGUCUGUGAGCAUGUCGAUAAACCAGACGUUCUUUUGUUUCAUAAACACUCAUUUGACGGCAGGAGAAAGAGAGGUUGAUCAGAUCAAGAGGAAUGCUGAUGUACACGAGAUACAUAAAAGAACAGUCUUUCACUCUGUUUCAGCUCUUGGACUUCCUAAGCUUAUCUAUGAUCACGAAAGAAUAAUCUGGUUAGGAGAUCUCAACUAUCGGCUUAAUUCAUCGUAUGAGAAAACCAGAGAUCUCAUUUCCAAGAGAGAAUGGUCCAAGUUACUUGAAUAUGACCAGUUGGUGAAGGAAUACAGAAAAGGUAGAGCAUUUGAUGGAUGGUCAGAAGGAACUCUACAUUUUCCACCAACUUAUAAGUACCAAGCGAAUUCCGAUGAGUACACCGCAAACGAUGGAAAGGCACCGAAGAGAACACCAGCUUGGUGUGACAGAGUACUAUCCUACGGGAAAGGAAUGAGGUUGGUUCAUUACAGGCGAACCGAACAGAAAUUCUCAGAUCAUCGUCCGGUUACAGCGAUUUACAUGGCCGAAGUCGAAGUGUUUUCUGCGAGGAAGCUUCAGCGAGCGUUGACAUUCACGGAUGCAGAGAUUGAAGACGAGGGACUUGUUGCCGUUCUCGUUUAAAAGAAGAGGAAAUGAGAUUUGGUUCUUGUUUGUUUGAUCUUUGCAUAUGAAGUAUUGGCGAAAGAGACAUUCUCUUUCUACGGAUAGGUUUUUGAAUCUCAUGUCCUUAUACUGAUGCAUCACACUGAGGGAAAACGUUCACAUUCUUAUAGUUUUUAUUCUUCUUCUUUUGUGUGUUGGUUUACGGUUGUAAAUUUAGUUGAUAUAUAAUGAAAUCAAGAACAUUUC